AAUUGGCAAUCGGCUUAGGAAGUACUGGGACUUUACAAGGCCAUGUCAUUUGGCCUCGAGUUCUGUUUGGCUCAUUCGUCUCUGGGCUACUCUGCAUCCUGCAUCACAGUAGUGGAACAAUUUUCAGAGGUGACGCGUUUCUUGCUUGCUGUGAUCUGGUUAAUUGGCAAUUCGGAUAAUCGGCUUUCUGCUGUACUGCAAGUUUCGGCCUUUCGGCCAUUGUCAGGAAUAUGGCAGUACGAAUAUGGCAGCAAAGUCCAGACAAGAGAUUCAGAUGGGAAACCUUAAGCGCCAAGUAUCUUCCCGGUGCUCUGUCAGUCUUGAGGACUUCUUUCAACGUUAAUGAAACCGUCUGCAGGGUGAUUGGUAUAACACAAACUGACAAAGGAUCAAGACAGUUUGAGGAUUUAGUUAAAAUAGUGAUGCAAAACGGUGUCUCCGUGAUUGCAGUUGAAGUGGAGAGUGAUGAAGUUGUAGGCAUAGCAGUGAAUAGGAUCCAGGUUAAAGGAGACUCAGAAUUUGCCAAUUACCUAGAGAAAGAAAUGAAAUCUACAGAUUCAGACCCCGCAUAUCAAGAGAUCAUCAGAUUUGUAUCCCAGAUGGAAGAGAAGGUGGAUAUCUUCGAGCACUAUGGAGUAACCACAAUACUGGAUCACAUGUUCCUGGCCACACAUGUUAAUUAUUACCAGAAAGGUAUAGGGCGUGGUCUGGUGGCUGCAACAGUAGACUUGGCAAGAGCAUUAAACAGGGGUGAAGAUGUUGGAGUGCCAAUAUCAGAUGACAAAUACCCUUGGAAAAACAAGAAGCUUCCUCAAGUUGAGGCCGUCAUCGCCCUGUUUACAUCACAAAAAUCACAGAAAAUCGGGAAAAAUUUAGGAUGGGAUGAAAUUUUUGUUGCUAGGUAUGAUCAGCUGUUCUAUAAUGGGGAAUCUUACAGUUCCAGAUUAGAAAAAGAUAAUCAAACAACAGUAUAUAUGUCUAUCAGAGUUGACAAGUAAAUCUAUCCUUUCAUGCAUUCGAUUAUAUGGAGAAGGUACCUGCAGAAUCCCAUGGUUCUACAUCAGUUUAUAUGUUAUGGUGAUGGUAAACAAAUCAAUCAAAAUCAUUGUUGAUGAUAAAAAAUAAUGGGAAUGUAGCAUGAAAUUUAAUAAAUAUUUACAAAUAUAAAAUGAAUUUCAAAUAA